UCCCGCCCACGCCUGCAGACUAAGAGAAAGAUUGAGCGCUUGCGUCGCGAGAUCCAGACGCUCGGCUUGGAGCUCUCCGGUCUGCAGCGCGCCGGACGAGGAGUCGGAGACGUCACGAUAAACGCACAGAACUGCGCAGCGACCUCAAGGUGGAAAGCUAUCACAGCGAAGCAACUGCAGCGGCGGCAACGCGCAGAGCACGACAACAGGGUGCUCAAGAGGAUGAUCGCGGCGCAGAACAUGCUCGCCAAGUCCAUUCUCAACGGACGCGUACGGCUCCGAGCGGCUGCGCGG